CACAAUACAGAACAUGCCUCAGCUGAAUCCAACGCCCAUAUUAACAUAAAUACAGGUCUUUCGGUUUGGUGCGGGGCAAGGGUAACACGUGGACGGGGAGCUCUGUAGAAAAAGUGAAGUGUGAGGGGAAAAAGGAAAGGAAAGCGCAAAGUGACACGAAGAGAGGAAAAUAAAGUGUGAAUAUACGAGGAGGAAAUAAGGAAAAGUGAAAAGAAGACAAAACAAGGGAGAUUUACAAGUAAGAAAAACCAAAAAAAAGAGAAGAGGUUAGGCAGGCAGAAGCGAAGCAGAAAGUUGGGCAAAGAAACAACAGAUGGCGACAGUCAGAGGAAGGCCAAGGAAUACGGGCAAGGCAGGAGACAAAGAAGAGUCCAAAAACACACUAGAAAGGUACAGUUGGACGGAAAAAGAGAUAACAACCAGAGGGGAAGGAAGGGAGGGAAUGACGGAAAGAGUGGAGAAAAUGGAAAGAGGAUUAGAAGCUAUGGUAAAAGAAAUAAAAGGAAUGUUCGAAACACAGCUGGAGGAGUUAAUGAGGGCAAUGAAAGAGGAGAUAAAAAGGGAAAUGAAAGAGGAAAGAGGAAGAAGAGAGAGGAAAAUGAAAGAGGAAAGAGAAAAAAGAGAGAGGGAGAGAGCAAGAAAGAGGGAGAGAGCAAGAGAGAGAGAAGAGAGAGACAGAGAAAAAGAACAGUGGGAAAGAGAAAGGAAGGAAUUAGUAAACAGGAUCAGAAGAAUCGAGGAGGAGCGGGAAAGAGAGGAGAGGGAGAAAAGGAGAAAUAACAUAGUGAUUAAGGGGGUGGACUGGAAGGAAGGAAACAAAGAAGAAGCCGUAAAGGAGUUCGUAAGGGAUAAAAUGGGAAUAGAGACAGAGGUAGAAAAGGCACACACGAUAAGAGUGGGAGAAAGGACGACGAUAAUGGUAGCGACGAUGAAGUCAAGAGAGGAGAAGAUAAGAAUAAUGAAAGGAAAAAGCAGACUGGUAAAAGGAGUAUAUAUAGAUGACGACCUCACGAGGAAAGAGAGGGAAAUACAGCAGCAGAUAAGAAAGGAGGCAAGAACAAGAAGGGAAAAGGGGGAACACGUAAGGACAGGCUACAUGAAACUUGAGAUGGGAAACAGAUGGUACAGAUGGAAUGAAAAGGAAGAGAGACUGAUGGAGGAAAGAAAGAGAGGGGAAGAAAAGUGAAAUAAGGGGGAAAAGGGGGGAAUGCAGGGAGAAUGAAAAUGUGCUUUUGGAACGUAGCAGG